GAGAUUCUCAGCACGCGCUUUCCAUCAUUCGCCGAUUAUUUAGCUUUCCUUCCGUUUAAAAAUAAAUCUGGUCAAUCUGAAGUCCGUUCCUUAAAGCUCUCUAAUCUGCGGCCAAUGAACUGCACGGAGCUGAAUUAUUUUAUUGGAUUGAUGACAUUAGUGAAUGUGCGACUCGGAGUGUGAAUUUACGGCGGGAAGACGGUUCCGGUUUACUCUCAAGAAGGCUCAUCUGAUGUCUACAGCGGUGAAUGUGGGACGAGGUGCAACAAGUGCUAUUAGGGCUGGUGACAGUGCCGCUGGCAAUCUGCUUGAACAGAGCAUCAAAAGCAAUAAGUGCAUCAGGGAGGCAUUCUGUUCUGCUUCAUUUUCUAUCUAGAUACAAUAAACUUUCCCAAGAUCUAAAAGCAUAGUUGUAAUGGCACAAAUAUCAGAGACAGACCAGAUAAAACAGUUUAAAGAAUUUCUGGGCACGUACAAUAAACUGACUGAGCACUGCUUUAUGGAUUGUGUAAAGGACUUCACAACCAGGGAUGUAAAAACAGAAGAGGUGACCUGUUCAGAACAUUGUCUACAGAAAUAUCUGAAGAUGACCCAAAGGAUAUCAAUGCGCUUUCAGGAAUAUCAUAUUCAACAAAAUGAAGCUUUAGCAGCUAAAGCAGGACUGAUUAGCCAACCUCGAAUAUAAGAAUGGACCAAUAAUGUCAGAGCUCAAAUGAAUCAUAAAACAUUGGUGGACUAAUAGUCACAUUUUAAAAUGUCCAAAACACUAGCGCCCAUUAAGAUGCUACUGAAAUGAACAUUCUUAGAAUCAAGAAAAGGUGAAUGGAAUCAAGAAUUCAUUAUGCGUGAUGGACCAACAUUACUGGUUUAUUUUGAAUGUGAAUGGUACACCUUUGAAUUGUUUGUAAACUUAAGUCUACAGUGAUCACUGCAUUUAAGGUUCACAAUGAUGGAAUAAACCUUGUUGGAGCUGAA